AUGGCGCCAUCACGGGCCGACCCAUGGCAGCCGGUGAUCUGCCCACCUAGAUCGUCUCCGUGUCGUCUUCGACCGUUCCCGAUCUCCGCGCUUGUCUUUGUUCUCGCGAUACUGGCGAGUCAUUUUGGUCUCUGUGCCGCAGACGCCUCCGACGAUCAGCUCUCCGUUACAUGGAUCUACCCGCAAGGAGGAGAGGUCUUCCGCUAUCUGGACACAGUCAAUGUCUCGUACCGGUCUCCCUAUCCUGACCCAUGGCUCUAUACUUUCUGUUACCAGAAUGAGACAGCCAAUAGCGUGAGGCAAAUCCGCAUGCAAGAAGCCGAGCCCUACGAUGCCUUUGUCCUGAUACCAAUCAACUUCACGAGCUCUACACCUUGCUGGUUUAACCUGCGCGAGAACACAAAGGAGAAUAAAGGAUCAAACAGUGAGAAGUGGUCUCUGACGGAGAUCAGACGACAAUCCGGGCCAAUUACCACUGGUGCACCAGUCCCAUCCGCCACGACGACGCCCUCGCCGACUUCCAGCUUGUCUCGAACAGCGACUUCCACCGUGGCGAGAGCGAGUAGCAAUGAUGGCUUCAGUUCGGGAGCGAAGGCUGGGCUUGGAAUUGGCGUUGGGCUUGGGACUGCGCUGAUCUGCGCGGGUGUUUUCUGGCUGUACUAUCGCCACAUCAAGAAAAAGGAGCAUCACCGGGAGGUCUACAGGAGGAUAGUCGGCGAACAAGGACGCGCGACAGGGCAGGACGGACACAAGCCCCCGGAUGAGCAUCUCGAGCCUUGGAGGUACGGCAACACACCUCAGCCGGGCUCGUCUGCCGCAGGCUCGGCCUACUAUGCGUCGUCGGGUCUCAGCACGAACUGGUGCCCGAGCGAGGUCACUGUCAACGCCCCUUACCAGUAUUACGACCCAGUGGGCUCCAGUCAUCACGUAGCAGCAAGCCAUCGUUACCCGGCAGAAAGCGUGGCAGCAAUCUCGGUCGCGACAGCAAGCGCAUCAGCCCCGGCGCCGGCCUCAGUCGUCCGCGGCUUCAGCACCCCCAGGCCUGACCACGUGCCCGACGCAGCGGCCAUCCGAGACGUGCAGGACCUCAGCAGCAGCUUAUACCCCUCCGAGUUCAACGAGCCAGUCUCUCCAGUAUCGGCAGACAGGGAUAUCCCACCCGCGCGGGUCUCGUCGGUGAACUACGGGCCCACAGGGCGCCUCGAUGCCAGCACCGGCGCCGACUUUGCGCUUCUCCCCGACUACGCCUCGCCAAUAGGCGGGAACGAGAAUGAUGACCCCGACGACAUAUACGGCCCACCCACGCCGCGGACUCCGCCGCCACCUCACUCCGCACACAUUCGCACGGCGAACGAGUUCCCGCCGCAGCUGCAGCAGCAGCAGGUCCCGCAAGAGCUCGCAUCACAACCCAGCUCACGCAAUAUGAACGCCGUUGUAAGUGAGCUGCCAGCGGCGGAGAGUCAUCGUGGCUUCGGGCCUCAGGCAGAACUGCCCGCCGGCGAGGUGCUGAGGCACCAGCGAUCGGACCAGCAGAGUGCAGAGCAGAAGUUCCGGCUGCAGGAUGUGGCGCCGCUGAGGACGGGGCAGCACCGGGAUGGUGGAUGA